UGAGAAGCAGCACUCCGCUCUCCAUCAUCUGCAGAAAAAUGCGAGCGGGGAGCGGUAAGAAAAUGUCAGCUCGCACUGCCCUCCCUCCGCCGCAGACAUGAGCGGAGCCCCGACCGCCUCUUCCAGCCGCAACAAGUUGCUCUCGCCAUGCGGAUCCACUGCAAAGUAGUUGUGAUCGCCGUGUGUUUUGGAGUUUUCUUACUUUUGUACUUUUUGGGGGGCAACGCCGCGGAUGAUCCGCUGUUGAAAGAAGUUGGAGAGGAGCCGGAGGAGGAGGAUCGUAACUCUUCUACGUCGCCCUCCCAGCUCGGCCGCGAUGUUGUUGCAAAGUUUGCGAGAAAAUCACCCGCAGGAGUCGGCGUGCGUCCGGAAGAACCUGUCGGGGGACGAAAACACGGGAGAGCGGAUAGUAGAGGGGCCAGCGUGAAUGCAAAGAGUAAAACAUGGAGUAACAUAGCCCGACCUGUGAGCAGGCACACCCGGGCCGAGGAGGUCAUGCAUUUGGCCGUGGUGGCUUGUGGGAACCGUCUGGACGAGACCCUCACCAUGGUUAAAUCAGCCCUCCUGUUCAGCUUAAAGAAGAUCAAGUUUCACAUUUUUGCUGAGGACCCCUUGGCCCCGCAGUUUGAGGAAAGGCUGAACCAGUGGCCUCGCUCCAUCUCAGCCAAGUUCCAGUACAGAAUCUACCCCAUCUCCUUCUCUGUCGGGAACGCCGACGAGUGGAAGAAGCUCUUCAAGCCUUGUGCCGCUCAGAGACUCUUCCUCCCCGUCAUCUUGAAGGACGUGGACUCAUUGCUCUACGUGGACACUGACGUGCUGUUUCUGCGGCCUAUGGAUGAUAUCUGGAAUCUCCUGAAGUCCUUCAACGGGACGCAGCUGGCAGCGAUGGCCCCAGAGCACGAGGUGCCCAAGAUUGGCUGGUACAGCCGAUUUGCCCGUCACCCUUUCUACGGAGUCACAGGCGUCAACUCUGGUGUCAUGCUGAUGAAUCUCACAAGGAUCCGCAGCACGCUGUUCAAAAACAGUAUGAUCCCCAGUGGCCUUUCUUGGGACGAUCUUCUCCAUCCACUCUACCAGAAGUACAAGAACCAUAUCACCUGGGGAGAUCAGGACCUCCUCAACAUUAUCUUUCACUACAACCCAGAGCGUCUCUUCAUCUUCCCAUGCCAGUGGAACUACAGACCUGACCACUGCAUGUACGGGAGUAACUGCAAAGGGGCUGAAGAGGAGGGCGUGUCCAUCCUCCAUGGCAACCGUGGCGUGUAUCAUGAUGACAAGCAGCCGGCGUUUAAAGUAGUCUAUGAUGCAAUACGUGAUUUUCCCUUUGAGGACAACAUGUUCCAGUCGCUCUUCUACCCCAUCCAGACCAAGUUCCUGGACACGGUCAACACACUGUGCGGUCGGAUUCCUCAAGUCUUCCUCAAGCAGAUCGAAAAGACAAUGAGGAAAGUGUAUGAGGAGAAAGUGGUUCACCAUGUCAGGCCACAAAAAUAGCUGAUGGAGAAAGUGGACUCUCUGUGGAUUCUGUGUCAUCCCAGGUCAAAGCGGCGACUCUGUGUUUGCAGCGUUCGAUGCAUGACGCCCCCUGGAAUAAGGGUCUCGUGAACAUUACGAUCCUCUGGUGAUAUGCGUACAGCGCUGGUCAGUGAUGCCACUGAAUAGGUCUGCCUUAUUACAGUCUUUAUUUUUGACAUCAGUAAUGAUGUAACACAUAAGAAUGUUGGAAAGCUAGAGUGGCAACAAAAGGAUUUCAUUAUUCUUUGUCAAGAAUAAUGAAAGCAUCAGCUCAUCUCAAGUGUGUAAGAAAAAUUUAAGACAUGUUUUUGUCAACUAAGAAUUGUACAAAUGUAUCCGUCUUUUCUAUUUUUCCUCUCAAACAUUUUAAGUACUCCUCCUAACCAUUAGGGAGUUGUAUAUGUGCUACACAAAGUCGACUUUGGACAGCUUUACUACCUGGAAGUAGUAGAUUUAUAAACCACUCCUCUAAAAUCGUGAAUGUUUUUAUCAGCAAAUAACUUGAAGUGUGAGACUGUGCAUUGCAGUUUCCAAAUGCCACUGACAGUAUUACACACAGCACAGCAGAAGAAAUGUGGACUUUCAUGUUGAAUACUGAAUGUUAUAAUGCACUUUGACAUUAGGACUGGAAAGUUGUGUUUGUUGCACACAUGUCUACGUUAGAUACAACACGGAUUGACUGAAUUCAAAACCAAAAGUGCUCGAUUUAAAAAAGAAAAGAAAAAAAGGUGUCAAACCGCAACAGAUUAUGCACCAUAUACAUAUUCAUGUCUGCCAUUUUUGCUGACAGAAGAAAGUAAGUGCUGUAGAUGUGCGUGUUUGGGAGAGUAUCUUAGCUUGUAAUAUGAUGUGCGGUGUGUACGCCAUAUGAUCAGUGGUGAACACGUGUUUUGUGUAUUUUAAAGUUACUUUUAAUGGGAUAUAAUGAGCCAAAUGUAUCAAAUCACUCAACCUGGAAACUGAAAAUGGCUGUACAGUCAACGUGUGUUUCUUAAUAAAAC